GUUUGGGAGCAACGAAUCCAAGAGCAGAUCCUUAAAAAAAACUCCGGGGCGCCCACACACGCCUCCUCCAACAUGGUAUUGGAUGUCCAAAGGAAUCCAGUCAGGCCCCCUUGAAAGUACAUAUGUGACAGGGCACAGUCAGGCAGACUCUGUACUCCAGCUUAGCGUUCAGUUAGGAACAGGCGCCCCUCGAGCCCCUCUCGCACAUCUCUCCUUGUUUUCAUUUGGAAGUUUGGUUGGAACCAAAGAAAUAAGCAGCCAUGGAUGCCAUCAAGAAGAAGAUGCAGAUGCUCAAGCUCGACAAGGAGAACGCCUUGGACAGAGCAGAGCAGGCUGAGUCAGACAAGAAAGCAGCGGAGGACAGAAGCAAACAGCUUGAGGACGAUUUGCAAGCGCUGCAGAAGAAGCUCAAGGGAACUGAGGAUGAGUUGGACAAGUACUCUGAGGCGCUUAAAGACGCCCAGGAGAAACUUGAGCUGGCUGAGAAGAAAGCCGCCGAUGCUGAGAGCGAUGUCGCUUCCCUUAACAGACGCAUCCAGCUGGUUGAGGAGGAGUUGGAUCGUGCACAGGAGCGUCUGGCAACUGCCCUGACCAAGCUGGAGGAGGCUGAGAAGGCUGCUGAUGAGAGCGAGAGAGGCAUGAAGGUCAUUGAGAACAGGGCCAUGAAGGACGAGGAGAAGAUGGAGCUGCAGGAGAUCCAGCUGAAAGAGGCCAAACACAUCGCUGAGGAGGCUGACCGCAAAUAUGAGGAGGUGGCUCGUAAGCUCGUCAUCAUUGAGGGAGACCUGGAGCGCACAGAGGAGCGCGCUGAGCUGACAGAGAGACGAGCUCGGCGAGUGGAGGAUGAGCUAAGGGUUUUGGAGCAGAGCAUGAAAUCACUAAACUCCUCAGUCACACAGUACUCACAGAAGGAGGACAAGUACGAGGAGGAGAUCAAGGUCCUCACCGACAAGCUGAAGGAGGCUGAGACCCGUGCUGAGUUCGCUGAGAGAUCCGUAGCCAAGCUUGAGAAGACCAUCGACGACUUGGAAGAUGAGUUGUAUGCCCAGAAACUGAAGUACAAGGCCAUCAGCGAGGAGCUGGACCACGCCCUCAACGACAUGACUUCCAUGUAAUUCUCAACUUGCCGUGCCUGCUCAUGUCACCGUCACCGUCUGUCCCCCCCCCCCCCCCCGUCCUCUGUGCACGACCAGCCUGCCCACCUCGUCUCCCUGAUAUGUUGUGAAACCAUUAUCAUUAGUCCAUCUGCCCCUAGAGUAAUGAUGUUAAUGCAGCUGUGUUUUUAAAUAGUCUUAAAGUUGAAUGUCUUGAAACAGACACUGUGAAAGUCUGUGUAGUUUAAGCUAAGUUGCAGUAAUGCUACUCACUCUAAGAGGUUACCAUUACACUGAAGAUGUAUCAGUGUUAUUGGUGAUUGAGAAUACUGUGAACAGGACUGAAGUAUUGAGAUGAAUGCAGCACGGGUCUGUUUACAUUUGAUAGCUGAAUAAUUGUUAGUUUUAUUAUUUUAUAUAUGAAAAAAACUAUUUUUAUUCUGUGAGUUUGUGCAUUUUCUAGAACUCCCCAUGUUUCUAAAAUUAUAUUGCAUUUUCACGUGAUACUUUUGAGGCAACGCAUGAAAGUUUUUCAUUGAAAUGUUUCAAACCUUUCAAUGAAUCUCAUUCGCUCACUGUAACUCACUGUUAUGUGUCUCCUCUCAAACUAACAUGGUGUACGUCUGUGCUGAAGUAAGGCCUGCCAAUUUGUGUAAACCCCCCCCCCCAUGCAUCCUGUUAUCAUACUGGAUAACACUGUCACAGUUUAGCAUCACUGUGGUCGAGUACCCAGUUUUGCUAAAGUAUUUGUUGUCCCUCCUCAUUUGACCUUGAGACUGAGAUUGAGACCGAGACUGGCAAGGUGCACCACAUCUGUCCCCCCGCGCCGCCUCUCGUGUUUCAGCUGCCAGCAUCUCGAUCAGAGGGCGCAGUUGUUUUGACCUUGUGCACGACAGCAUGCUCUACCUCACAAUGCACUCCCAUUGUGCAUUGUGGUCUUGUGCCGUGACUCCCGUGGUUCUGGUGUAUUGUGGUGCACAUCUCAAAUUUCGGCGAAGGUCCUGCGCCAACCCCCCCCGGUUCACUUUACUUCUUCUCUCCCACACAGAUAAAUUGUUUACACCCCAUCAAAGACGCCUCCUGCCGGCUGAGCAGCACCUGUCUGCUCUCUCCAGCCUUCUCUCCAUUUUCCCUUCCCUCUCUGUCUUCGCUUUCCUUCCCUCCUCAUGUUUUCAUCCUCAUGUCAACGAUUACUGCAUCUCAUCUCUUGUACAGAAUCCUAGAAACUUUCUGCGUUGUGUAAAAAAUAAACGUCCUUCCUUCUAUGUAAGCUGUAUCUCUUUACUCUGUCCUUUAUUUUUUCCUUCUUCAUUUGUCCUCACAUGGCUUUAAUAAAACCAGGACGAUUUUGUUUUUCAUUUUGUUUUCUGCAUCUCAACAAACCACUAGUUGAGCUUCCCUUGGUGUAGUGUCAUAGUCUUCCACGGAUGUUCUUUGUAUGUUGUUCAGAUAUUUGUCCUGGGAGUCUGAGUCAUUAGAAAUAUCACAGUACUGCUGUGAGCACGUAAACCUAAAGCAACUGCAGGUACUCGACUGGAAUCUGAGUCCCUCUUAGCAUUUGAGACUGAUGCAUGCAAGCACUUUUGGAUAUUUAGUCCUGUGGCAGGAUGAGGGAACUGGAAAGAUUUUGGGAUCGGGGGGGAACUCGUGUUGGAUUGUGAUCAGGAAGACUGUGGUGAAGUGAAGGAACGGUGGAGUACAGAACAGUAUGUGAGAUUCGUUGAGCCUGGUUGCUGAUUUAAAGAGAACUGGAUGAAACUGAUAUCAGUGGUGAUGACACAUGGGCUCUGUACACGGUAUCCUGUCAUAAUGUGAAUAAAUUUACAAUCACA